CGCCAAUUCAAUUCAAUUCAAUCUUUUACCCCGAUUUAGCUUCACGCCGGAGAGACGGAGAAACCGUUUCACUCUCGCCUAGUUAUCUGGAGAAGAAGAAGGAUGGGGAUAGUAAGGAGCAGCUUCUCAUUCCUCACGGGAACAGUGUGUGGGAUCUACAUCGCUCAGAACUACAACGUUCCUAACAUCAACACCCUUGCCCACUACGCCCUCUCUAAGGCUAAGGAACUUGAAAAGAAAUAUCGCAAACCCAAAAGCACAGACGACGACCACCUUUGACACACCUCCUCCACUUGCAUGCUUCCUCCCUCCAGCCACAUCAUUCCUUAAAGUUUUUCUUUUUUCUUUUUUUUUUUUUUUCUCUUUUUUUUUAAGGAUAGUAUAUCCAUUGUUGGUUAGAGAGCGAAGUUAACUUUAUUCUCAUUCAAAAGGUUCAAACUUUAGACACUGACAAACGAAAAAACAGCAAAAAGUCUCUCACUUGUUGUAAUGAAAAUUUUCAAAGAAACAGACAACAAAAAGUCUCUCACUUGUAAUGAAAGAAACAGAGCAAAAUCAAGAGAGAGAAAAA